AUGAUUGACGACAGGUGGCCGAGAACGAUGUUUACACUUGACGUCAAUGGUACGGAUCCAGCUGAUGGAGGUCUGGCACGUAUAUCCGUUUACGUAACGUUGUGCAGUCACUUCCGUUUCAAUACCGUCGAUAUUGAUUUUCACGCAUAUUUAUUAGACGCUGACGAUACAGUUGAACAGAAGGUAAAUGACGAACGAAUACGGGGGUUGUAUUUCGUCGCCAUGCCGUUGCUCAACACAGUCAUGAAAUGUUUUCUAAUCUCCAGUGCUACGCUGACUGUUUUUUAUUUCUAUUUGUUUUCAUUUCGUAAUUUCGACAGCGAAAAAAAUCACGUUUGGUUUCUAAUUGAUCCCGCCGAUCCGUUAGAUAACCAAAAAUCGAAAGUGGUGGAACAUUUGUCACAUGCCGUAGGGGAAUUCAGCGACGUCGACGCGUACGUUCGCUACAUGACGUCCUUUUUGGCUUUGAAACCGGUUGGCGAUUCCCCUGCGUUGAAACCGGAAUUCGGACCUGUGAUAAAUGUCGUGGGUUUCCAGUACUCGAUCAACCCGUCAGUCCAUCGUUGCGAGAAGGUGAACCUUUUUAUCAUCGUGAUUAGCGCACCAGGAAAUUUCGUGCAUCGUAAACUGGUCCGAAGGACGUGGGGCUCUCAUUUGAAUCGGGGUAACCACCGCGAACAAUCGUCAACUCAAUUCGCUUUUCUAAUCGGCUUGACUAACGACACGACUGUCCAAAAUGCCAUUCGUAAUGAGAGUAUCAUCCACGAGGAUUUGAUUCAGGUGGAUCUAAUGGAUUCGUACAUGAACUUGACUUUGAAAACAGUUGCUAUGCUGCACUGGUCUUUUCAUUUCUGCCCGAAUGCCAAGUUUAUCCUCAAAUGCGAUGACGAUGUUUACAUUAACGUGCGUCAGUUGAUCACCCUCGUCAGCCGAUUACCUUUGAAUAGUUCCACCAUCUACGGCUCGGCCGUAACUAAUUUGAAGCCUACCAGACCCCGAGAGGUCGAUGCCAUAUCUCUAGUAGUGGACGAGGACGAGAUAAAAUGGGCCAUUAGUGAGCAAUUGUGGCCGUGGUCGACGUAUCCGACGUACGUCUCGGGCGGAUGUUACCUCAUCGACUCGGCCGCUAUCGGUCCGCUAUUAGCGGCGGCUCAAACGACGCCCUAUUUCCCGUUUGAGGAUCUCUACGUGAAUGGACUGUGCGCCAGGAAAGCCAACGUUCACGUUUUAGCGUCUGACAGAAUGCUCGGCGCAGUACUUGACGUCGUCGAAGACUUGCUGGAUGAAGAUUGGUGGUUGACGAAGAAUUUCGUGGCGUGGCUCACCUCGUCAGCAGAUGAAAUGAUCGCAUCUCAUCUUGCCACUCAAGUUUACUUCACUCACGAUUGUAGAGCUGGAAGAAAUCGAAAAGAUGUGCGAAUACCCCAUUUCAACUGGUCUCACAUUUUAAUAGAAGCACCCACAGAAGAAGAAACGAUUGCUGUUUAAUGAUGUAGCGAAUAAAGAUAUUUAUUUGUCGCAGGGAA